GCCCCCGUUUUAUUUCCUGGCGACUCGCCUCCUCCUGUCCAGUCUCCUCUUGCUUUCCUCGUCGGCUCCCCGUUUCUCUCGCGAACGGCUUGCCCUGGUAAAAAGGUAUCUCCCGACCGCCACCAGCAAUUCCCGUCGCCUUCCUCGCCAUCCUCUCGCUCUCACUUUCCCAAAUUGUCAAGAGCAGGGGGGAGAAGGAGCGGAAACCAUCCAAAUCCUAACCACAGGGCUGGGGGAAUCGUCCCUUGCCCUAAUUCUCUCCUCCGGCCAAAGCGUGGUGAUGAGUUGCAACUCCGUCCAUGGUCGCCGCCUCUGCGUCUUUUGUAGUUGUCCUCCUCCUCCUCCUCUUCACGUUUGCCUCCCCUGCUGCCUGCUUCCCUCGGCUGGACGAUGGCGGAGCGGAUCGCGGGGAUCGCUUUUCGAUCUUGAACUUGGAGUCUUUGUGGCACGACUAUGCGCCGCCAUCCCCGCCUCCUUCUCCGCCGGACCCGCCCUCGGCCUCAUGUGAGGGUGACUUGGGCGGCACCGGCGACUUCGACGGCCUCUGCGAGGUCCAUACCAGCGUGCAACUCUCCGAGGACAUCUUUGUGAAGGCGAAUGGGAGCUUCGUGGUCUACCCGGAUGUGGUCCUCAGCUGCCCGCUGGCAGGGUGCUCCCUCGUCGUCAAUCUUACGGGUGAAAUCCGGAUCGGGCGCAAUGCGAAGAUUGUGGCUGGGUUGGUGCGCUUAGGGGCGGGAAACAUGAGUCUAGCCGACGGUGCAGCCAUCGAUACUACGGCGCUGGCGGGGGAUCCGCCGCCACAGACCAGUGGGGUCCCCUCCGGGGUAAAUGGUGAUGGUGGUGGACAUGGGGGAAGGGGCGCGAGCUGCGUGGUGAAGGAGGGGCAGACGCAGGAGGACUCCUGGGGUGGAGAUGCAUACUCCUGGUCAUAUCUGACGAGGCCUGAAAGCUACGGAAGCAAAGGGGGUUCGACAAGCCGGGAGAAGGAUUAUGGAGGAGGAGGUGGCGGGCAGGUCUUUUUCAUAGUCAAAGAUUUCCUUGAGGUUAAUGGAAGCAUUUUGGCUGAUGGCGGUGAGGGCGGCUCUUUAGGUGGUGGAGGGUCAGGUGGGAGCAUCUAUAUCAAUGCAACUAAAAUGAAAGGAACAGGCAUGGUAAGUGCAUCGGGAGGUAGUGGCUUGGCCGGUGGUGGUGGAGGUCGUGUAUCUAUUGCAGUUUUCAGUUGGCAUGACGAACCACAUGUUUUUGUUCAUGGUGGAAAGAGUUUUGGCUGUCCUGAUAAUGCUGGUGCUGCUGGAACACUUUAUGACUCAGUUCCUAAAAGCCUUAUAGUUAGCAACCAUAACCGAUCAACACAGACUGAUACACUUCUACUUGAAUUUCCUUAUCAGCCGCUUUGGACAAAUGUUUUUAUUAGGAAUUGUGCCAAAGUUGCUGUUCCUCUACUAUGGAGUCGAGUACAGGUUCAAGGGCAACUUAGUCUACUUAGUGGUGGCAUAUUGACCUUUGGUUUGAUUCAUUAUCCGUUUUCUGAGUUUGAGCUUUUGGCUGAAGAACUUUUGAUGAGUGACUCAGUAAUUAAGGUGUUUGGUGCUCUACGUAUGUCUGUUAAAAUGCUCUUGAUGUGGAAUUCUAAAAUGAUUAUUGCUGGUGGUGAGGAUACAAUAGUGGCAACGACAUUGCUUGAAGCUAGUAAUUUGAUUGUUCUGAGGGAAUCAUCUGUGAUACAUUCUAAUGCAAAUCUAGGUGUUCAUGGUCAAGGUCUGCUCAAUUUAUCUGGACCAGGAGAUAUCAUUGAGGCACAACGUUUGAUUUUGUCGCUUUUCUACAGCAUCCAUGUUGGACCUGGAUCCAUUCUGCGUGGGCCAUUGAUAAAUGCAACUACUGAUGAAAUGACCCCAAGUCUGAAUUGUGAGAAAAAAGAUUGUCCCUUUGAGUUAGUUCAUCCACCAGAAGACUGUAAUGUCAAUACUUCACUCUCGUUCACCCUCCAGAUUUGUCGUGUUGAAGAUAUUGAUGUUGCUGGCCUUGUACAAGGAACUGUUGUUCAUUUCCAUAGAGCAAGAAGCAUUGUUGUGUACCCCACAGGAAAAAUUAGUGCAACUGGUUUGGGCUGUAAAGGUGGUGUUGGGCGUGGAAAUAUAUUAGAAAAUGGUGUUGGUGGUGGUGGUGGGCAUGGUGGAAAGGGAGGAGAUGGUCAUUUUAAAGAUCUUGUUGUUAAGGGUGGCAUUGCCUAUGGAAAUGCUGAUUUUCCUUGUGAGCUUGGUAGUGGUAGUGGAAAUGAUAGUCUACCAUAUGCAACUUCUGGUGGUGGUAUCAUAGUUAUGGGUUCAAUGGAGCAUGCCCUAGUCAGCUUCUCAGUCGAUGGCUCAGUUGAAGCAGAUGGGGAAGAUUUCAAAGAAGCUACCAUCAGCACUGGCUUGUUAGAUGCAGGGCCUGGUGGUGGUUCUGGUGGUACUAUUCUUCUAUUUCUGCACUCCUUAACCCUGGGUGAUUCAUCUAUCCUUUCUAGUGUUGGUGGGCUUGGCAGUAGUAGUGGUGGUGGUGGAGGAGGUGGUGGAAGGAUUCACUUCCAUUGGUCAGAUAUUCCCACCGGUGAUGAAUAUCUUCCAGUUGCAAAUGUAAAGGGAGUCAUAAACACAAGUGGAGGCAUUAGUAGAGGCCAUGGUGUCGCAGGGGAGAAUGGAACACUUACUGGAAAAGCCUGCCCUAAAGGGCUUUAUGGGAUUUUUUGCAAGGAAUGUCCGUUGGGAACGUUCAAGAACAUUACUGGAUCUGAUAAAGCUCUAUGUUAUCCAUGUCCUUCUAAUGAACUUCCCCAUCGGGCUGUAUAUACGAGUGUUCGAGGAGGUGUUGCUGAAGCUCCUUGCCCAUACAAAUGUGUUUCCGAGAGAUAUCAUAUGCCACACUGUUUCACAGCUCUUGAAGAAUUGAUAUACACUUUUGGUGGCCCAUGGCUGUUUGGUCUUCUCCUUUCUGGUCUUCUUAUCUUAUUAGCUCUAGUUCUAAGUGUUGCACGAAUGAAAUUUGUUGGUACGGAUGAGUUACCAGGUCCUGCACCAACUCAACAUGGGUCUCAUAUUGAUCAUUCAUUCCCCUUUCUUGAAUCAUUGAAUGAGGUUUUGGAAACACACAGGGCUGAGGAAUCUCAAAGUCAUGUGCAUCGAAUGUUCUUCAUGGGCCCAAACACUUUCAGUGAGCCUUGGCAUCUUCCGCAUUGUCCACCUGAACAAAUUACGGAGAUAGUGUAUGAGGAUGCGUAUAAUAGAUUUGUUGAUGAGAUAAAUGCACUUGCUGCUUAUCACUGGUGGGAAGGAGCUGUCCACAGCAUUCUUUGUAUAGUUGCCUACCCACUUGCUUGGUCUUGGCAGCAGUGGAGGAGGAGAAAGAAGUUACAGCGACUGCGGGAAUUUGUUCGCUCAGAGUACGAUCAUGCUUGUUUGCGUUCUUGCCGAUCACGCGCUCUCUAUGAAGGGCUUAAGGUGGCUGCUACCCCAGAUCUGAUGCUUGGUUAUGUAGAUUUCUUUCUUGGUGGAGAUGAGAAGAGACCUGAUCUUCCUCCUCGCCUCCAUCAAAGAUUUCCAAUGUGCCUUGUUUUUGGAGGUGAUGGUAGUUACAUGGCUCCUUUUUCGCUUCACAGCGAUAAUGUUCUGACUAGCCUCAUGAGUCAGGCUGUACCACCAACAAUAUGGUACAGGUUAGUUGCUGGACUGAAUGCACAGUUGCGCCUAGUUCGUCGUGGUCUGCUUAAAACAACUCUUAUGCCUGUCCUCAGUUGGAUCGAGACCCAUGCUAGUCUUCCUUUGAAACAGCAUGGUGUUUGCAUUGAUCUGACUCAGAUUCAAGCUAGUACAUUAGGCUAUUCCCAACUUGGUUUGGUAGUUUAUGCUGUGGAACGGGAAACUUCAGCAAUUGAUGGUGUCUUUAGAGUUUCAAAAAUGGAUGAACUUUCACAUGUUCAUAGGCCUAGUAGGGAUAGUAAAUCUAAUGAUAUGAGGAACAAAGGGUUGUUUACACAUAAAAGGAUUGGCGGACUUCUAGAUGGUGAUAACCUUAAAUUGCUUGAGGAGAAAAAGGAUUUGUUCUACCCCUUCUCACUCAUUUUGCACAAUACUAAACCUAUUGGACAUCAGGAUCUUGUUGGUUUGAUUAUAUCGAUAUUGUUAUUAGCAGAUUUCAGCUUGGUCUUGCUUACUUUGCUUCAACUAUAUUCAUUUUCAAUGGCAGACGUUUUGUUUGUUUUGUUUGUUCUUCCCCUUGGUAUACUUUCACCUUUCCCUGCUGGAAUCAAUGCGCUUUUUAGUCAUGGACCUCGACGAUCUGCAGGACUUGCUCGUGUAUAUGCACUAUGGAACAUUACAUCUUUGAUCAAUGUCAUUGUAGCGUUCAUAUGUGGGUUUGUGCAUUACAAGUCAUCAAGUCAAAAACAUCAAAACCUGCAGCCGUGGAAUCUGGGCAUAGAAGAGAGUGGAUGGUGGUUGUUCCCAGCUGUUCUUGUUCUGUGUAAAUGUGUUCAAGCGAGACUCGUGGAUUGGCAUGUUGCUAAUUUAGAGAUUCAAGAUCGUUCAUUGUAUAGCAAUAAUCCAACCAUUUUCUGGCAAUCAUGACAUAUUUGAGUUGGAGUUACCCAAGCUAGUAGCGAACUUGACCCUUUUUUUGGAGUCAUGUGAAGGCUAUAGAAGAAAACAAGUUUUUUUGUUUUUGUUUUUUUUUUCUUCUCCCUUUUUCAUGUCUCUGCAUCUGGCCCUAUUUAUCACUCAUGAUGCAGACUAACCCUAAUGAACAUUGUGCAGUUACAGUUUUCUCCUCUGUAAAUAUAAUAGUGUACCAUUCAUUCUUUUGUAGGCCAAUAGGUUCCAAUAUAAAGUUGUACUUUUGGUAGUUCGAAACUAGAAAGCUAUAUGUAAACUUUAGACUGCUUUAUUUGGAUGAAAUUAUCAACGACUCAUUAGAUUUUA